UUUAAAACUUCAAAUUACAUCAAUGGUGUUUCGCUUCAUAAUUCUGCGCUUAUUAAAUUUCAACGCAAAUGACCAAAAGUAGGGAUAGUACGAAUCUGGGAGAAGACGAUACAUCUGUCAUAACUAAGAAGGUAAGCUGAUAUUUCCCUAAAACUAUCGACUCGGGCAUGUGACUAGAAGUUCUUUUGACAUUCAUAACUAAACUAUGUAUAUACAUGAUGUUCAUACAUAUAAAUGUCGUGGUCUAUAAAUUGUUUUAAAUUAGAAAUUUUAUCAGCCCCUCAACGUUUAAAAUGACGUAAAUAACAUCAAUUCUUUUGAAUUAAUUGAACGAUAGCUGUAAAUCCUUUGAUAUUUCCCAUAUGUGGUGGAAAAAAUAUAUACGUUCUACAUAAAUUUAAAUUAAACAAGUUUAGACUAAUCUUUAGGGUUCAGCUGCAUAGAUUAAUCGAAUUUGGGUACGAGAUAAGUCGUUCACACUGCUUUUACUAUAAUGACUGUAGAUGUAAUAUAGUGUAUUUAUAGUUAAACAUAUAGCGUAGGAGUAUAUGUGCCUGAUAAACAUUAUGCAAAAAAUAGGCUUAUUGAGUGUUUAUUAGUGUCGUAUAGGUAUAUAUUAACUACCCGAAAGUUUUUCACAAGCGUUUAAAUCAUGGUCCAUGACAGAAAAAUGACUCAAAGAUAUUCACUUUUGCGUACACUCAAAACCUUAAUACCUGAUUUUUAUUUUUAUUUUCAGUCUCUUUGCUUCUUUUUAUGCAGUUAGUGCAUUUAUUUCCAACGAGAUAUUGAUCUGUAAGCAUGGUUUGUCAGUCUUGUCCAUUAAUUCUGCCAUCAACCACAUUACUUCAUGCGUUUUGUUCUUUGUUAUUUAGCAUAACUACCGUUUCAAGGUCGUAGCAGGAAGUUCGUGAAUAACUUUCGUUUCUCCGCCUUAUUCAAUCCAAAAAAGUUUCUUUUACAGUCGUAACUGAAGUGAAUUGUCUAAACUCCAUCUAAGAAUCCCAAACAUGAGUUUAUGUUUUCAUUUCUAUUAGCGAUUGACAUUUAUUUCAUGUUUUGUAUGAGAAGACUUGUAAGUAGCCUAAUGCUAUAGGUCUAUAACACGUUAACUUUCGUUUUUUGGAUAGGGUCGUUGGAUGCAAGAUUUAUGAAGUACAAAUGAAAGCGGUUUCUAAAAGACUUUCACCAGGUGUUAAAGGAGUGAUUUUACAAAGUCUGAAUUAUGUAGUUGAUAUUGUUUACAAUCUAUGCUGCUGUCAUUUUAAACAGACUUUUAAAUGCUGUGAAACUGGUUUCUGAGAGGAGAAACUGUCUCACUCAUAGCACAUUUGUAUUAUUUGUGUAAACUAUUUCGCCGCUAAUAUUAUGAAAGUUAUUGCUUUUUUUUGGUUUUGACUUUGCUUUAUUAAACAAUUUUCUGAGAUUGUGUCAUUUCAUGGAGUUUUUAGACAUAUAUUUGCAUAUUUUAAGCUGCUUUCAGAUAAAAUUGAAUCAUUUGAUUACUUUUCCUCAUCAUUUUAAACGCUUUAAUACAAUCUGUGUGGAAAAAGACUUGUUUUCUGAAAAUGUAUUCGAGUUAAGGUUUCUGGGGGUGUGAUACUCGUUACUUUCUACCAAGUAGCAUUUUCACAACAUGAUGUGGAAAAGAUAGCAUUUAGAAUUAGAUUAACAUCAAAGAACGCAACAGAUCAACCAGAAAUAACUAAAAGAUCAUAAUUUUCCGAUAAAGGGUAAACCUAAGCUGCGUUGCAGCAGAAACAAAGUAAAGAUGAAUCUUAUUUAAACACUGACUAGAGUGGAAACAAACAUUGUGAAGUUGUUUCAUUUCCUUGUGAAACAGACAUCCAGAUCAAGUGCUGCAUGUGCACAAUUAUCUAGUGUUCUUGCGAUGUUGAGAAGGAGCUGUACAGGUCCAGACGCUGAACUAAACCCUAGAGCCAAAAAUAAAAAUAUACCGGUUGCAAAUCAUUGGCCAGUUUCACACUACCAAACUGGAGAAUUCAUUCAAAGCAGGAGGUAGCCAACAUGAAAGCCCAUGUUUCCACGUCAUCAGCAUGCGUUGUUUGAACAUUGACGGGUUGUAUACAGAUGAACCUGAAGGUGAGUCCUCAAGACAACUACACGUUUUUCUUGGCGAGUCAUAUCUAAAAAACAUAGUAAAUGUAAAUCGUUUUCACAAAUUUUGAUGUUAAACUAAUUUCCGAGGCAUAUAAAACUUGAAGAACUGUAAUGUUUUGUAUUCAGUAAGGGUGAUAAUUAUUCUUAACCUUGCUUAUUCACCACCAUAACUUUAUCUCAAUUUUAAAUACAAAGUGCCAUCAUCGUAUCAUUAUUUUAUAUGCUAAGGUUAAAAGCUCACAAAAGAGUUUCAAGGAUAAUUUACAACUAGAAUUGUUAAAAUUCUCAUAUAACAAUUACUAAUUUGAUUUAUUUUAUAAAUAUUUAGUCAGAUAUAGGUCAGCAUUUUUUACGGGCUGCACGUGCUGGAAAUAUUCAAAAGGUUUUACUACUGAUCAAUGAACACAAUGCAGAUGUACAUGCCUGCAAUGCAAAUGGUUUAAAUGCACUUCAUUUGGCUUCAAAAGAAGGCCAUGCAGAAGUUGUACGUGAAUUAAUUGAACGUGGUGCAAAACCGAAUACUGCUACAAAAAAAGGGAAUACAGCUUUACAUAUUGCAAGUUUAGCUGGUCAGUUUGAAGUGGUUAAAUUAUUACUAGAAGCUGGAGCUGAAGUAAAUAUUCAAGCUCAGGUUAGUUUAUAGUACUGCUUGUUUUGUUCUUGUUGUUGUUGUCAUGCUAAUAGUUAGUGUCAUUCUAUAGUUUCCACAAUGAACUGGCCUACAUAAAACAACUAUUUGAAACUAGAAAGGACUAAACAACUGUUUUAUACUAGCACGUAACUGUUCCAUAAUGAAGAUCCAUGACACUAGAGGGAAUUGAACCCAGAACUAUCAAGUUUUAUGGCUAGUGUUCGGUUUUUAAGAAAUUGAAUCGGUAUUCAAAAAUUUAUAUUUCCAAAUACAAUCAAUUCACAAUAUUGCUUAACUAUUGUUUAAGUCUAUUGGUUGGUAACUACUAUCAUAAAUCACUUUCUUAUUUCUGAGAAAUUUUAGUUUCAGUGUAACUUUUUUUAUUUCUAAGAAAUUUACGUUAAGCUGAUUUAGUGGAAACUUUUAAAUUUCAAGUCGAGUUUUUAUUACGAGACGAUAUCAACUGGAAAACGAUUUAAAAAACAAUUAAGACUUAAUAAUUGUGUCAUUAUCAUAACAUUAUACCAUUCAGGAGUGUGCUGCCUAUAAGUCAACAUUAUAGGUAACCCAUAACAUCCAUUCUAUUGACUUCAGUCACUCAACAAUAUAAUCGUACAUCAGUCACCCAAUAUCAUUGGUUGACUUAACCGAUCACUGGAAAUGUUUUAGAACUUAGUAAAAUCAUCACAAAUGCAGUUUGUAGAGAUCAUUUGAUUACUGAUUCAGCUAAUUAAUUACUUUCAUACAUAGUUACCUAUUUCAACUCAUUGAUAAUCACAUAUACGUACAUCUAUACAUGCGUACACAUAUAUGAACGUUGUUGUUAUUGAUCUUUUUUCUUCUUCUUAAUCGAUGAGUGUCAUCUAUGGAUUUCUUUUGGUCUUUUAUUUUAAGUACUCCAAUUAUACAUAAAUACAUACAUGCUAUAUACAUACAUCCAACAUGGAUAUGGAAUUACUUAUUGGAUUGACAGUAUAAUAGUAUUAUUAUUAUUGAGGAAAUUUACCAUCAGUGUGAAGUUGACUGACUGACGGUAUGACAACGCAGACAGUUGGUUAAUCUAUUAAUUAGCUUACUAUUUAGUUAUGGAAGACUAUUUUUUUAUACAUUGACCUAAUAAAUAAAUAUUAUUGGUUAAUAAUGGAUAAGACAUAAUGGAUACCCUAGGAAGGAAUACAAAGUACUGUGUGUGUGUAUGUGUUUGAGACAAAAAAAUUGUCAAAAUAAGUAAGUAGUAUAAUACACACAAUUGCAAGUUGACAACAACGGAAUUUUUCAUUCCGGUUUCUAUUUCUACUCUUUUGUCUCUGUAUCACUAAAAGAAAAAAAUACAGAUUAAUUAUCAGUAAUAGCAAAUAAAAAAGUAACCGUAACAUAAUAACAUAAAGAAUAUAAGUUAGCAACCAACUGUUAAACCAUCUAUCCAAAAAAGAGACAUUUUCACUAACUACUGUAAAAUAUGACAGAUUUUUUUUCUUUGACAAGAUUAAACCAGAAUAGUUAAAAUGGAUACAUGAGCAUAAAUAAUAUGGGUGUAUAUAAAUAUAUGUAUGUAUGUAUGUGUGUGUGUGUGGUCUUAAACAUGUCGAAUUUAAAUGAAUGUGUUAGUUUUGUAUAGCACUGUACUAUAUAGUAUGUAAAUAUAUAUACAAAAUAAUAUUUUUAUACAAAGAAUAAAGUCGAGAAAAAAGAUUUAGGUAUAAUUAAAUAUAUAUUAACCGGUGAAGUCUUUUGGGUUAUCAUCUACAUGAACUCCUAGAGCUGAUCUACUCAAACGAUAUUAAUUCUGUCUGAGUUAUUAUUAAUCCAAGAAUGGUUUCACUCCACUUUAUAUGGCUGCUCAGGAGAAUCAUUUGGAAGUUGUACGUCUACUAUUAUCUAAUGGUGCCAAUCCUGGUUUAACUACAGAUGAUGGUUUUACACCACUUGCUGUAGCUUUACAACAAGGUCAUGAUCGUGUAGUUGCUUUAUUAUUAGAAAGUGAUUCUCGUGGUAAAAUCUGUUUACCAGCUUUACAUAUUGCAUCUAAAAAGGAUGAUAUUAAAGCUGCCAAUUUAUUAUUAAAUAGUGAUGUCAAUGUAGAUCAUCAAUCAGCUAGUGGAUUCACUCCACUUCAUAUCGCUGCACAUUAUGGUAAUGUGAAUAUGACUGAAUUAUUAAUAUCACGUGGUGCUAAUAUCAAUUUUCAAGCUAAAAACAAUAUAACUCCAUUGCAUGCAGCAUCGAAAUGGGGUAAUCAAGGUGUAGCUGAACGUUUAAUUACAGCUGGUGCAGAACUUGACUGUCGUACACGUGAUGGAUUGACACCAUUACAUUGUGCUGCUAGAUCUGGACAUGAUACAGUUGUUCAAUUAUUAUUAAGUGCUGGAGCAAAUAUCUCUGCUAAAACAAGGAGUGGUUUAAAUUCAUUACAUAUGGCAGCUCAAGGUGAUCACGUGGAUACUGCACGUCUACUUUUACAACAUGGAGCACAAAUUGACGAUCCAACGAUUGAUUAUUUAACCGCAUUACAUGUUGCUGCACAUUGUGGUAAUGUACGUGUAGCGAAAUUAUUACUUGAGCGUGGAUGUGAUGUUAAUGCAAGAGCAUUAAAUGGAUUUACACCUUUACAUAUUGCAUGUCAAAAGAACCGAAUUAAAAUUGUUGAACUAUUAUUGAAAUAUAAUUGUUUGAUUCAAGCUACAACAGAGUCCGGUUUAACACCAUUACACGUUGCAUGUUUCAUGGGGCAUCUAAAUAUUGUCGUUUUAUUAUUACAACAUGGUGCUAAUGCAAAUGCACCAACUGUACGUUGUGAAACUAGUUUACACUUGGCAACACGUGCUGGACAAACUGAUGUAGCUCGUCUACUAUUACGUAAUGGUGCUCAAGUAGAUGUGAAAGCUAGAGGCAAUCAGACACCACUUCAUAUAGCAUCACGUAUUGGUAAUCUAGAACUAGUCACUUUACUAUUGGAACAUGCUGCUAAUGUACAAUGUUCAACCAAAGACACGUAUACACCAUUACAUUUAGCUGCAAAAGGUAAUCAUAAAGAGAUAUGUGAAAUAUUAUUAAAAAAUGGAGCAGACUUAGAAAUAACAACGAAGUCUGGUUUCACUCCAUUACACUUAGCUGUAAAACAUUCGCAUUUAGAAACAGCUAAAUAUUUACUUUUAUCCGGUGCUGAUAUGAAUGCAGUUGGACGUAAUGGUUUAACACCAUUACAUUUGGCUACACAUUAUGGAUGUUUACCUAUGGUCCAAUUAUUACUUGAACAUAAAGCAUCUCCAGUUUCACAAGCUAAAAAUGGUUUUAUUCCAUUACAUAUUGCCGCAGAAAAACAUUUAGUAGAUAUUGGUAAAUUAUUAAUUGAAGCUACUGUUGACAGUAAUAAUAAUAAUAAGAAAAAUACUAAUGAUAAUGGCGGUUAUGGUGUCGAUGGUGGUUGUUGUAGUAUACAAUCACGUAAUGGUUUCACUCCGUUACAUUUAGCUUGUCAAGAUGGAAAUGAGAAAAUGACUAAAUUACUGAUUGAUUCUGGAUCUAAAGUAAACGCUUUAGCAAAAAAUGGUCUUACAGCAAUGCAUUUAGCAGCACAAGAGGAUAGUGUUAAAGCUGCAGAAUUAUUAUUUAACGCUGGUUCUGAGUUAGAUUUGAAAACGAAAGCAGGAUAUACUCCUUUACAUACAGCUUGCCAUUUUGGUCAAGUAAAUAUGGUUCGAUUUUUACUUGGCAAAGGUGCUGAUGUGAAUGCUAUAACAUGUAUGGGAUCAAAUGCUUUACAUUUAGCUGCACAACAAGGUCAUUCGACAGUUAUUUACAUUUUAUUAGAAAGUGGCGCUAAUCCAAAUAUGCGUAACAAGUAUGGUUGGACACCAGCGCAUGUUGCUCGUCAUCAACAUUAUUUAAAUAUAUUUGAAGCAUUACGUCAGGUGACUACAUGUGUAGAAUCAUGGGAGCAUGAAAAUACUGAUGAAUUGCCAAUGAAUGCAGAAUUGGCAUCAUCCAUGUCAUCUGGUCCAGAGUAUCAUAAUUCUUCUUUGAGUAGACAACAGCAUAUCUCUGCUAAUCGACUUGGUCUUGAACAUCCAGAUAUGAUGAGAGAUAAUCCAAUUACAGAUACUGAAGAAGAAUGUAUUGAACCGGAUUUCACAAUUAUGCCAUCAUCACCAUUAUUUUCACGUGCACAAAGUAGACAGAGUCUUAGUCAGCAAAUGCACAUACAACCACAACAGCAAUAUGUUCAACACCAUUCACAAUCUCAUCACAAAUCAGAUAAUAAACAUUCUGAUGAACAACAACAUCAUGGACAUCGUAGUGGUGGUGUGAAUCAUGUUAAAAUAGCUCCAGAUAAAUUAUCAAAUGUAUCAGGUGAAGAUAGUAUACAUGAAGGCACAACAGCUGAAAAUGCUCACGCACUGAAUUGGCGUGAUGGACAUUUAAAUUAUGGCACCAGAGAAGUUGGAUUGUCUGAAAAUCGAAUAAGUCGAGAUUAUGCUGAACUCGCUAUGGCAGGUGCCCCAAGUUUAACAGGAUUUUCCGGUCUAGUUGAAUGGGAUUUCACCCCAGACAAUGUACCUAUUCCUCGAAAACCUAUAGCUUCAGGCUUUCUUGUGUCGUUUUUGGUGGAUGCACGUGGUGGAUCGAUGCGUGGCAGUCGUCAUCCAGGUCUACGAAUUUUAGUCCCACCAAGUGCAGCAAGUGCUCCAACACGUAUUACCUGCCGUAUGUUACGACCUGAACGUACAGCUCGACCACCUCAAUUGAAUGAUUGUGAAGGAUUAGCUUGUCGCAUUAUUGAGUUGGGACCGCAUCCAUGUCGUUUCAAUUCACCAGUUCUCUUAGAAAUUCCACAUUUUGCUUCAUUACGUGGUCGUCAACGUGAACUCGUUGUAUUACGCAGUGAUAAUGCUGAAAUAUGGCGUGAACAUUCACUAGAAGCUACAGAUCAAGCAGUUCAAUCAGCUGUGGGUCAAAGUUUCGACACAUUAGAGACGCUGGAAGAACUUCGUGAGAAACGUAUUAUUCGUAUAUUGACUAAUGAUUUUCCACAAUAUAUGGCAGUUGUUAGUAGAAUACGUCAAGAAUCAUCUUUAGUUGGUUCAGAUGGUGGUGUUCUUAGUUCAACAGUUGUUCCACAAGUCCAAGCUGUGUUUCCAGAAGGUGCACUACAGAAAAGAAUUCGUGUCGGUUUACAAGCUCAGCCAAUUGCUCCAGAAUUAGUUACACGAUUAUUUGGUAAUCGUGUUACAGUCUCGCCAAUUGUCACAUUAGAACCACGUCGUCGUAAAUUUCAUAAACCAAUCACUUUAACUAUUCCAUUACCGAAAGCUGUUGUUCGUGGUAUGCUGAAUCCAUCGGUGAAUGAUUUAAAAUCACAAAAUGUACCAAGUUUACGAUUGUUGUGCAGUAUUACCGGUGGUACAGCACCAGCACAAUGGGAAGAUAUUACUGGAUCUACACCAUUGUCUAAAGUGAAAGAUUGUGUCUCCUUCACGACAACAGUUUCAGCGAGAUUUUGGUUAAUGGAUUGUUCAGCUGUACAUGAAGCUGCAGAAUAUGCAAGUAUGCUGUACGCUGAAGCCACAUUAGUUCCAUAUAUGGGUAAAUUUGUUGUAUUUACCAAACGUUUGGAUAUGGAUGAAGCAUUAGUUCGAUGUUUCUGUGUAACAGAUGAUAAAGUAGAUAAGACUUUGGAAUGCCAAGAAGGUUUUGAAUUAUGCGCUGCUUCACCAGAAGUUGAAAUAAUUGAAAGUCGACCAGUUUGGCUUGAAACAGCUGGUAAUUUAUUACCUGUAGCAAAAUUAAGUGAACAAUUACGUUUACAUUUCGAUGCAUUCCAUGAGAAUAGACUUGCAUUUCCAGUACGUGUAAAAGAUCUUCAACAAGAAGUUAUUGGUAAAUUAGCAUUUAUGCGUGAACCACGACAACCAAUUCGAGAUGGAGAUGGUGAUUCACAAUAUAUCUAUCAUGAAAUAGCUCCUAUUCAAAAACCAUUAUGUACAUUAGAAAUACGACUUAGUUCAGAUAAUGGUGUUAAUGGUCAACAUGGUCAUGAUCUUUCAUUGAUUGGUUUAGAAAAUCAUCCAGAAUUUUUAGAUCAAUUAAAUGAAACUAGUGCAGCAGAAUUAACAAUGGGUUCAUUAAGUUGUGUAUUUCCAUAUCCUAAACGUAUUAUUAAUGAUGAACAAAUUGUUAAUGGACAAAAUAAUGAAGUUAAUAAACCUUCUGGUAAUUUGACUUCAACUUAUACAUCAGAUGUAAUUGCUCGUAGUCAAAUUGAUUUACUGCAAGUUGCUAGUGAAAUCGGCUCAGAUUGGCCCAAACUAAUCGAAUUCCUCUUACCUCAAUCUCAUUUAAAUAGUUCAUGUACUGUGAAUCAAUUAGUUAAUUGGAUUAAUGAAAGUGAACCUAAGUGGCAAAUUGAAAGAAAUCGAUUAGCUAUGGAAAUGGGUAAAAUAACAGGAGAAAAUGACGGUGGUGAUGUAGCUGGCAGUUUUGGUGGUCCAAUUAGUGUAAAUGAAUUACGUACAAUACAAGAUCAAGCAUUAGCGGUAUUAUUGGCAUGGCGUGAGGAAAAUGGAGAUUCAGCCACAGGCAAUGAAUUAGAUUGUGCACUUCGUCGAAUUGGUCGUGAAGAUGUUAUUAAAUCAUGUAUGCGUGAUAUUCGUUAUGUACUUGAUGCUGAUGAACAUGCAAAGGCUACUCGUCAAAUAGAUGAAGGUAAACGUUCAGACCCUGUGAAUCCUAAUUUGUCAGAUGCAUUCUCAACUUCUCUAGCAGCAACAACAACUUUAAUGUCUGGUAUGAACGACAUAACAGCUGAUUCAGCUAAUGAUGUUGUUAAUCAAUCUAUGAUUGGUUUUGAUAGAACAGAUGCAUUUAAAUAUCCAGAUGUAAGAAUUACUCCGAUGCACGAUGAAUCCGAGCCAAUUCUUCAGAGUCGUCUUGGCCUAGAUAGUCAAAGUCCGAGAAAAUCCGAUGUCAUCAUUCAUGGUACUAGUGAAGAAGAGGAGGGACGACCUUCUCCUGCUUUACAACCAGGUCAGACUGAAGUAGAAGAAGACAAUGAAGAGUUUUGGCAACAACAACAACAAGCAGGGGUUGAACCAGCUUGUUCAACUAGUCAACAAGGUGGUGAUCCAAUGGUUAUACAGAAACAUGAUGAAAUAAUUAUACAUGAAGAAGCAGAUAUAAUUCGUGACAGUGAAUCAAUGAGCAGUUCUGAAUUGAUUCUAUCGGCUAUGCAAGGUUCUCAACAAGAAAUCUGUGAUGCAGAUGCGAAAAUUGCGGAUACUUUAAAGUUAGAAGAUGAAGUCGAAGAUGUACUUCAGAGUCAACAACAGCUGGAAAAUACUGCAGAUUAUCAUAAACAAGCAGACUUAUUAUCACCUACACAAAUCCGUCAAGAACAACAUAGUACUACUAGUUUAUCAGAGGAUAAUAACGAUAAUACUGGUUUAAAACAAUUGACAAGUGCCAAUAAUUCCAUCACUAAUGAUAUAACACCUUCAACUAGAUCACAGCCUACAAGUGAACAUUGUUGGGAUCAAGAAGAUGAUUUAUCGGAUAUUGUUUUACAAAAUGAAACUGAUAAAAUGGCUGAAACCGAUAUUCACUCGUCACAUGAUGAUCAGAGUAGUAAUGCUGUAAUGCUGCCAAGUGAUCAUCCGUCAAUAACUUCAGAAUUAAUUGAUCACAAUAACGCUAAUGUCGAUGUUGAUAUUGGUGUCAGUGUUGCUGUUUCUGAUCAGCCACAAAGUGUUGAAGCAGUCGGUCAAGUGUCGAAUAACGAAACAUCAGAUGUAGACAUAAGACAUGCUCAUCAUGUUGGCAAUACAUCAAAUCAACCGAUAGAUAAUAAUAGUACUAGUAUAAUGCAAAAUCUUGAAGCAUAUGAUGAACAUGUUGUUAUUGGUAAUAAUGAAUUGGAUAAUUUGGAAUCAUCAAGACAACAACAAAAUAAUUCUGCUGAACAUCAACAACAACCUCCAGUCAUUACUUCAUCAAAUGCACAUCAUGGUCUUUCAUCUAUUCCACCUAAUGAAGAUGGUGACAAUACUGUUGGAUAAAAGAAUUACUUAGAAAAAAGAAAUAUGGACCAAUACUAACAACAAAACAAUAGAAACAUCUCAAAGAGAAAAUCCGGUUUCAUAUAGUUUUUGUUUGCCAUGCUUUUUUGUUUUGUUUAGAUCUUGUUUUUUUUUUAUUCAUUAUCAUUUUAAUUGUUUUAUGCUUUAUAUAAGAACAUGGAUUAAUGGGAGGGGCAGUAAGAGAAAAGUUACUUAUCAUGUUAUUGUUGUUUAUAUUUCUUUUCUUUUUUUUCCCCCUUUCAUUCACAUGCACAAACUUUUGCUAUGCCUUAUCUAGUCAUUUAAAAAAAAAACGGUGUUUGUUCCACGUGUGUUGUACACAUAUACACGCGCACGCACAUUCACUCAUACUUCUUUUGUUAUACUCCUUUAACCAACUACCUUACUGAUCAAUAUCAUCAGUGCUCGACUUCCCAUUAUCUAUAUAUUGCAAUACAUAUUUUAAAUGCAAGUCAUAAUAAUAAUAAUAAUGAUAAUAAUAAUAAUAAUAAAUGAUUAUAUAAUUUUAGUUUCUAUGUCUAAUUUUUUUUUUGCAUUUUUGUUUUCUAUUAUUAUUGAUUGGAUUGAAUCAUUAUACUCUUUAUUGUUAUCUAAAUUAUAUUGAUUGGUAUUAUAGAAUGGAAAAGUAUUCAAGGAAUAAAUGGAACCCCCCUCUCUUUAGUAAACAUAUAAAAUUUUCUUUUUUGUUAUUAUUUUAUUGAUUCAAUAGUUUCUCUUUUUUUCUUCCUCUUUGUUGUUUGUUUUAUUUCCAUGUAAAAUUUGAUUUAAAAAAAAUUUUUUUUUUCAUGAUAAGUAAUAAGUUUAUGUUUAAAUCAUAAAGAAUCUUCUAUUUGCUGUUUGUUUAAUCUUCUUUUUUCUUCAGUUUUUCAGUACUAUGAGGUUUCUUAAAUUUGUUAUUCUUUUCUUUAUUUUUUGCUUUUCUUCUGUUAUACAUCACCCUUUAUGUUAUUUUUUUAGUUUUUUUUCCCGUUUGUUUCUUAGCAACAAAUAAAUACAUAAUGCUUAAAUAAUAGUUACAACGAUAUAUUGAAAGUUAUUCAUUAGAUGUUAUGAUUGAAUACUAUUAGCCCUAUAAUACAACUAAUGUAUUAUUUUUAACAGUAAUAAUAAUAAUAGUAAUAAUAAUAAUAGUUAAAGAUGAGUACUGAGGACGUUUUUCAAUUCAUGGAUCUAGACUGAUUUGUAUGUUGAAACAAAAAAAAAUUAGAUUUACUAUUAAUGUUGAUUAUUGGUCAUUGCCACAGUCACCAUCACAUCUGCCAUCCUCAUCGUUAAUGUUAAUUAAUUCGAUAGGUUUUUUCAUUAAAUUCUAAAAUGUUGCUUGCUAUGUAUGACCGUCCUCCUCACUGUCAUCAUCAUCAUUAUCAGCACCCGACAUCAUCAUUGAAUAUGAUCUUAGUAACAUGUGACAGUAAAAAAUAUGUUCUUGAUUGGUUAUAUUUUCAUUCUUUCAUCGCUUUGUCUGUUAUUUAAUUCCUUCGGUUUUUAUUUCUACCUUGAAAUGACCACCUAUUUUGCUUUAUGUGAAUGUUGUCGGUGUGUGUGUGUAUCUUAAUUCUUUUUUCCUGAUUUUCUACAAUUUUAAAGUGAUUAGCUAGUUAAGUAAAACUAAUUAAAUACAUCCUCAUAUUAUGAUUAUUAUUGUUUCAUUGAGGUUUAUCUUUAUCAGUUUAUUGUAUUCUUGAAUAAUGAAUAUAAAAAAAGUACUUGUGUAUGUGUUUCUAUGUUUGUACAUAUCUUCAUCUGAGUAUUCGUUCAUUUUUAUGAGGUCAGCUGAACAAGAAUUUUAAUCCUUUGAUUUUACUCAAUGUAAAUGAUUAUUAGAUGAACCCAAGUUGAAAAACAGAUGAAAACUUGGAAGCACUGAACAGCAGUUCAAUCAUAGUAUGAAACUCCUUGGGAGUGUACAUCCUUAAUUCCAUCUGGAAUCGAAUCUAGGUCUUUCGGUCUCAUAAGUCAGCUUCUAACCCUCAGACAACUGACAUGCAUGUCUAACUUAAACCAAUCAAUGAUAAUUCGUAACCAAUUUUCAUUAUCUUCAGGGAGUAACUGGUUAACAUCCUGCAUAUUUGAACUUCACUGAUGAUAGUUUUCUGGUUUUGCAGUGGACAUAUAACAUGGGUUGAUUAAUGAUGUUAGAAAUAUUUAAUAACCUUCGUAAACCUAUAUACUGAUGAUUAUUGGAUCAUUUGGAGGCACAAUUCCAUAAAGAUGAGCAUAAACAGAAGUUAUUAUAAUCCAAACAUGUCAUAAGUGAAUUAGUAUUCAUCAAUGGGAUUGAUUGUUUGCUACUUUAUAUUAUGUAUUAAGGAUUGACUGAAGUUCGAAUUACACCACCACAUGUUGUCCUAGUGAUUUUAAGAGUUAAACGCUCGUCGUGUUACUUGAAUGUCUUAGGCUAGAUACCUGGUAGAGUAAUGGAUGCACAUUAUACCAUUAAAAGUACAUAUACUGUCUUAAACCCUGAAUAACUCUAAUGGAAGGGAGUUCAACAUCGCUGCAUUUUAAUAUACUUUGAUUGAUGUUAAAACAUUGAUAACAACUUCUAAUUGACUCGUCAUGAGGCUAAAACUGUCAGUUAUUAUCUUUUAUUGUAAUCGUUCAUUCAAAUCGCUAAGGAUUUUAAUUUUUCCUGUAUAAACUUGAAACACAAAAUAAAUAUUAUUAUCCAUAAUCUUUCAUAUUAGAAUCAUUCAGGUUCGGCUAAUAGUAAAGUAAACAGUUAGUCUUAAAUCUAACUCAUUGUGGGGUGUAGUUAAGCUCUGUGUUUUACAUACAAUAGACAUUAAAUAUAAAAUCAUAUUUAACUAAAUCUCAACCACUGACCUGGUAUUUUGUUUAUUGUUCCUCGACAUAAUCUACUUCUAGUUGUUUCAUGUAAUUAUAGAUAAUGAUGUUCUUUUUGUAUAUCUAAAUUAUCUAAGUUAGAUAAUGUGAGAUUAACCAUCUAAGCUAUAAAUAAUAUCUUAAACUUUGAUAUUAAAAUCAUUUUGACAAUUACAGACAGUUAAUUUGUGCAAUGUUCAAAUGUUGAUUUCAUUUAUAACAUGAAUAUAUCAAGAUCUUACGUGGUUGGAGAUAGUUGAGAGGAAACUGUGAACCUAGGUUUGCUGCUUGUUGAAACAUGUUUGUAAUUUUUACUUAUAAAGUUAAGUGAUGUAGGUUUGAAUCCUACAUGUAGAAUCAGUUCCUUCAAGAUCAAAGGUUGACAAAUGUCAACUAGUAUGAAACAUAAGUCAGAAAGGAUUUUCUAACCGACUAUCUCCUACCGCCUAAGAUCUCAAUAUAGUGACCGACUUGAAACUUGAGUGACAGUAUGGUGCGUGUUACUUAUGUCGAAAGAUAUACGUAGUAUGUAACACCAAUCAGAAGUGGAAUGCCUCGCAGAAAGAGGCCAAGAUGAUUGAGUUGAAGAAAUGGAAAUAAAAAAGGAAUUGUGAAUUGGAAGAAUCAUGGAGAAUGUGAAUGACGAGUGCUGGGAGAUUUGCAAAUAAAUUAUUUAAUGUUUGGUUGUCAUAUUUUGCGAAGACAUUCUGUAAUUUUGAAUUAAAUAAUAAAUUGGUUGUUCCCAUAGACGUACUCAUUCAUAACAACAAUAUUCGAUCGUCAAUAAAGGAAUAGGCUGACAUAACGUUGGUUACUAUUUAAUGAUCAGUUAGUCGUGAAAUUUGUUGUUGACUUGUACAUAUUAAUCUAUCUCUAUUUGUAAAAUUACCCUUGAUUAUACUCUGGUAUAUUUAUUUAUUUGAACACAUAAA